AUGGAGGAAUUGGAAAAGCACAAUACGAAAGACGACUGUUGGAUUGCCGUUCGAGGAAAAGUCUAUAACGUUACCGCUUAUGCUCCCUAUCACCCAGACGGUGCAAAAAAAAUUUUUAAACACUCUGGCAUUGAUGCCACGAAACAAUAUAGUAAGUCAAACUUGUGUGGUCGAUUGUAA